AUGUUCGUCCGAACCAACAUCUCGAGACACAAUUGCCGACUCGGCCGUUCCAUAUUGCGACUAUCCAAUCCAUCCGAGCCACGAUGCUACCUGCCCGCCGCCCACGCCACAGCUCUACCCGCAAGCCAGCGUCUCCUCGCAACCAGUUCUUCAUCGCCACCAUGGCAAAGAUCCCCCGCGAGCUCUCAGAUCCAUGCCCCCGGGCGUGGGCUGGCCACAGCCGUAGGCGAUGUCAUGAGUGCCGAAGGUGCUUCUGCCAGAGUCUACGAUCUAAGAAGUUUUGACCCGUCCAUGGCCAUGAUCCUCGAAGAGCCGGCACGGCCAGCCCCUGCGGGCAAAAUAAAUUCUCAAGGUGUCCCCGGGGACUUGGAAACAGCCCUCCCGGUCUUCGACGCUUGUUUGCGCGUUGGCAAGCUGGGCAGGGCUGUCGCUGUCCUGAAGCGUGUCGAAGCACUAGGCCAAGCCAGCCCAGAGGUCUUGAUGGAUAUGAACAACAGAUAUCUCGAGUCGUGGCUGAGGGACCUCACGAACAACCCAGGCGUGGGAAAAGCCGAGGAAAUGCAUGCUUGGUAUGAGCUACACAUCCACGCUGCUAAAUUGCCGCAGACACCACAAACAGUUGCCUACAUGCUGAAGGCAUCGCUGUUGACCACUCCAGCGACCGAAAACAACCAAGGCCCGUCGAGGUUGGAGAGGCUUGUGAAGCGGUACAUGGACAUGAUUACUCCAGAGCAAGGCCUUGAAGUUCUUUAUUGCAACAACAUCUUGACCGACGCCGACAUUGCCACCAUCACUAAGUUUUAUCCCGAUUACAACAUUCCAUUCAACUUGCAAGACGUUGAGGAAGAGUCAUCCAGCUUUGAAUCAAUCUUGUCCGACACCGCAGCUUAUAAGAGCAACCCCAUUGAAAUACACGAGGACACAGGCUCUUUGCCGGAGGUCCUCGCCACACCGCAGAAAGGCAUGGGUCUCGAAUCGAUCAAGAACACACUGGAAAUUUUUCAGAAGAUGAGAGAUGGCCACGAUAUCUCCACUCUACCCUUUCACGAGAGACGGGAAUUCCAGUCGCGCUUGGAGCGUGACUGUAUAGAUGUGGCCGUCGCGCGCUGGAGAGAAGAGCACGAAUCACUGCGCCAGAGGGGUCUCGCCACACCGGUAAGCGCGCCGAGCAUGAAUUCCCGCAUCUGGUCAUGGCAUCAGAGCCUGGAAGCUCUGAUCAAAAAGGAGUUCGACGCAAUCGUGGAGGCAGAGAAGACGGACAAGAAGCAGGCACAGGACUUCGAUCGCUGCAUCUAUGGCCCGAUCCUGCAGCAAUCCACGCCCAGCCGACUUGCUGCAGUGACAAUCAUGACGACAAUGAGCUCUCUGGCCUUUACAGGCGCCGACAAGGGCAUUAUGACUGCAAAUCUGCUGAGCCACAUCUCCAAAAUGGUGGAAGAGGAUAUUCAGGCUCAAUUGCGCCUGGAGCAACAGAAAAAAGAGGCUCGUAAGGCCAAGGCACGACGAUUGCUAUUAAAAAAGCUUAGGUCUAUGGAAGGCAUGGAGGCCAGCCCGGGUCCAGAGGCGAUCCUAGGUCAAAAGGCUGAUCCGGCGGAGUCUGACGAUUCGGCAACCUCUCUUCCAAACGGGCUUCCUGAUAGUCCUCCACCUACUCUUGCGCCAUGGUCUCUAUCUAUGAAGGUCAAGAUCGGUGCGGUACUACUUUCAGCGCUCGCCGAAGUCAUCAAAGUACCAGUCAGCUGUGAACACCCCGAGACGAAAGAGACGAUAACUGCAUUGCAACCCGGUCUGGUACGCACUACUCAGUUUAGAAAGGGCAGACGAGUGGGCACAAUCAUGCCACACCCCCGGUUGAGUGAGAUGCUGCGCUCGGAACCUAGAGGUGAUUUCUUGGCGCGACACCUGCCAAUGGUUGUUGAGCCGUUGCCUUGGACCGGCUUUGAAAAGGGUGCUUACCAAGAGUCCCCGGUGCCUUUGGUCAGACUCAAGGCCGGCGAGAAAGAUCAGCGGCUCUACGCGGAAGCGGCCAUUGCGCGGGGCGACAUGGAGCAAGUUGCUAAAGGCUUAGAUGUCUUGGGAAGAACAGCAUGGCGGAUUAACCGACCUGUCUUGUCUGUUUUGCUCGACGUGUGGAACUCAGGUGAAGCUCUUGCGGACAUUCCACCGUUACAUCCGCAAAUACCUGUCCCCAAGGAGCCUGAACCCUCCAGUGACUCACUUGUCCGGCGCAACUGGAUCAAGGAAAUCAAAACGGGCCAAAACCUUAAGCAGUCGUACCAUUCCGUCCGCUGCUUCAUGAACUUCCAACUGGAAAUCGCAAGGGCAUACCGCGAUCAAGAAUUUUACUUCCCACACAAUGUUGAUUUUCGGGGAAGGGCUUACCCAAUACCGCCCUACUUGAACCACAUGGGUGCGGAUCACGUUCGAGGCCUUCUCCGCUUUUCUCAAGGCAAGGAACUUGGUGAGCGUGGCUUGAUAUGGCUCAAGGUUCACCUGUCGAACGUCUACGGUUACGACAAGGCGAGUUUGAAGGACAGAGAGUCAUUUGCGAUGGACAACCUCGCCAACAUCUAUGACUCUGCAAAGAACCCGUUGAAGGGCAACAGAUGGUGGCUUGGAGCGGAGGACCCCUGGCAGUGUCUCGCAGCUUGCAUGGAGCUGACAGCUGCGCUCGAAUCUCCGGAUCCGACCAAAUUUGUUUCACAUCUUCCUGUCCAUCAGGAUGGAACCUGCAAUGGUCUUCAACAUUACGCUGCCCUUGGUGGUGAUUCUUGGGGUGCUCGUCAGGUCAACCUGGUACCGGGCGACAAACCAGCUGAUGUUUAUAGCGCCGUGGCCGAUCUGGUCAUCAAGGAGCUUGAUGAGGAUGCAGCGCGCGGCAAUGAAAUGGCAAAGGCUUUGCAUGGCAAAAUCAAGCGUAAGGUUGUCAAGCAGACCGUCAUGACCAAUGUCUACGGCGUCACUUUCUCGGGAGCAAAGAAGCAGGUUUUGAAGCAGCUCGAUGCCCUGUACCCUAACCUUCGCAAAGAAUCAGGCAUUGAACCCGGGCUCCUCUCCAGUUACAUAACCACCAAGAUUUUCAAGGCAUUGUCUACGAUGUUUCGAGGGGCCCACGACAUUCAGUACUGGCUGGGAGAAAUCGGCGGCCGAGUAUGCCGUGCUCUAACCGCGGAGCAGCUUCAAGCGAUCGAGGACCAAGGGGUCGAGAAACUGAGAAAAGGCCCCGAAAAGACUUCAUCCGAAGAUAUCCCCUCAAUGAUGCGAUCAACAAUCAUCUGGACGACCCCUCUUCGCAUGCCGAUCGUUCAGCCAUACCGAAAAACCAGCAGUACGGUCAUCUCAACUUGCAUGCAAAGUCUCGUGCUCAAUAAGCCGGAUCGAUUUGAACCUGUGAACCGUCGCAAGCAACUGCAAGCUUUCCCGCCUAAUUUCAUCCAUUCCCUAGAUGCCAGUCACAUGAUCCUGUCUGCGCUUGAGUGCGAUGAACUUGGUCUUACAUUUGCGGCUGUGCACGACUCCUUCUGGACGCACGCCGCGGAUGUUGACACGAUGAACCGCGUCCUUCGUGACGCAUUCAUUCGUAUCCACAGCGAGGACGUGAUUCAGCGUCUGGCGUCGGAGUUCGAGGUCCGCUACCGGGGAGGCCUGUACAUGGCCCAAGUCGAAGCGUCCUCGGAGGCGGGUAAAGCCAUAACCCAAUGGCGCAAAGACAACAAGAAAAUCGCGUCCCCGGCUAAAGCCGAGCUGCUCCUUGAGAAGCGAAGGCUAGACCUGCUCAACUCUCACUCGAAAGCAGACAGGGCAAAGGGCAAGAAAAUGGUCACCCCUGGUUCAAUCUACGAGCAAUUCGCAUCCGAGCAGGACGUUGUCAAGGAGGAUAUGGGCGGGACGACGCUGGGAAGCCUGUCGGCCAGCGCCACGAGAGCGAAAAGUGCCACUGAGGCAGAAGCCGAGGAGGAGGCAGGUUUGGUUGAUGCAGACGGUGAGCCAGUGUCGGAGGAAGGAGCUGAUGCAGCUUCUGAUGUGCACGACUUUAAGAAGUAUUACACCACUGUGUCGCACUUCGAGGAGAAGCUGGUUGGAUCUCGACCUUCAAGGGCACCGGCGAAAAGGUACACCACAGUCUGGAGCCCGCUCUCGUUCCCGCAGAUCCCGGCCAAGGGUGACUUUGAUGUCAGCAGCUUGAAAGACAGCGCGUACUUCUUUUCAUGA